AUGCUCUCAAAAAGCAAUAAGUAAUCAAAGCCAGGCUCCCAAUUUAGAACUUCCCGCUCACCCCCUGUUCGCAAAGAAUCAGUGAAUAAGCCUAAAAAGGCUAAAUCACUCGUUGGUAGAAAAUAACAAAUGACUGAAUCACCAAAGAUUAAAGAUUGCAAAUUUGAGAAUACAGAUGAUUCUUAUUCUCAGCUUCUUAAUGUGGAUACAUUUUCAAAUAAUGAUUAUGGCCUAGGGAUAAAGGUUAAAAGCCCUACAUAGCAAUAAGUAAAGCCUGUUGAAAGAGGAUCAAGUAAGAAAGGUCAUACUUAGAAAGGAGGCUAUCUUUCUUAAAAAUUCAAAGCAAAUUUAGCUUUGCAUAGACCUUAUACAAAGAUAAGAUGCCAAAGUCAUAGCAUCAAUAUUAUAGGAUUUCCAGACCUUAAACAAGAUACAGCUAUGGUCGGAUAUAUGUACAUUACAACAAUUAGAGAGAAGGGAUAGAUUGGAACGAAUGUUAGUGAGUCAGAUCAACUUAUAACUUUGCAUUUAUGCGGCUUUAAGUUUAGCAAAGAUGCUUUUUCCCAAUUUGGCAAAAACCUUGCCACUGCUAAAAACUUGAAAAGGCUGUAAUUGAAUUAGACAAAUGUGGCUUCUUUAGGACUUUAAGAUUUAGCAAAUGCAUUUAUUUUAUGCACAAGCAUUGAGUUCCUUGAUUUAUAAUGCAAUGAUCUUGAUGAUUCUCAUGCUCAAAUAAUAUCAAAGAUAAUCAUACAACAAUUUGAAAUGAAAGAUGCUUUGAAAUGGAAGAUGGGAUUAAGGAAAAAUACCGAAGUGGAUAUCGGCAAACUUGGCUUGAAGCAUUUAAAUAUCAGCAGAAAUCUUAUGACAUCAAAAUCAGCUAUUAUUUUAAGCUAAGCUCUUAAAAAUGAUCAGUAUAUUCGAGCAAUAUGUUUAAGGAAAAAUAAAAUUGGUGAAGAGGGAAUCAAAGAGUUUAUUUCAUUAUAAAAGCAGAAUGCAAAGUUAGUAUAAAUUGAUCUAAGUAAUAACCCUGCUUACGAAAAAUCAGACUAUAAAAAGUAAUUAAACCAGUUUAUGAUGCAAAACAUUAAGCAAGCUAUUGAAGUAUAUCAUGAAACUAACCAUAGAUUAAACUACGAAUGGUUAAAUCCUGAACUAUUAAAUAUUAAAAUAGUAAUUGACGAAGAUAACCCAAAGAAAAGUAGUAAACGAGGUUAGUUUAUAUAAGUAGCUUCUUAAUUGGCUUAGAAAUUAAAUUUCUCAUAUGAGCAUGUAGCUCAAUCAUUUUUAGGAGAAAAUUUCUAAGGUAUAUUAGGUAGUACAUUAAGUGGAAUGAUACUCCAGAGGAAAAAUGAGAAUGUCAGAAGAUAGUCGAUUAGAUAAGUAAAUAACAUUCAAACAAAUCUAAAUCUAGGAAAUUUAAUUGACUAAGACAAUACUAAUACUCCUGUUAAUAGAAAUUUGACAAUUAUUCCUGUCAAUCAUUCAGAUUUUUCUAGGGCAGCAACAGUAAAAAAUGCAUAAAACAACAAGUUAAAAAAAUUUUAAAGCAGUAGUGAUAUGGAAUCGAAUAGUAGUUUUUCUAGCUCUCGAUCAUCAUCAUCAUUAUCAAGCAACUAUGAAGAUAAUGUUCAAUAAAAUCUAAUGAAGAAGUUUAGCAUACCUGAUAGUGAUAUUAAAAGGUCAAUGAAAUAUAAAUCAACUGCAAAUACUACAAUAAAUAACGGUGCAUCAAUCUAAAAUGAUUACAUGAGAAAAUAAUAAACAGAAAGCAAAAAUAACAAGAAAAAUGCAAAAACAUUAUCUACCCCUUAGUGA